CUGUCCCAGCGGCCUGCGGGCGCGCGUGGAGGCGGCGCGGAGCCAGGGCUUUCCGCUGACUCCGGCUUUCUACCAAGAGCUGCUCAAGCUGGAGCAGCGGCUGCCCAUUGAGCCGUACGCGGAAAUGUUCUCAACUCCGGCUCCGCCAGCAGCAGCAACAGCAGCAGCAGCAGCAGAAGAAUCUGCGGAAACUGCGGAAGCUGAGGAGGCCCCCAGCACCAACACAGGCCCCCAGUUCACCAACAAAGCCUAUUUCUACUCUCUUCUUGCCUUUUGCGUGGCUUUUGGCGGCGGCUAUCUUUAUUUUCCCGUAAGUUUCGCGCAGCAGCAGCAGCAGCAGCAGCAAUUCAUGUUCAUUCAGUUUGUUGCAAACAGCCCCGCGCCUGGUCAGUUCGUUUGCCGCGAAAGCGCAGCAAGAAACAAAGACAGAGGGGCCUGCAGGAGCGUCAUUGUGUUCUUUGCCUAUUUCCUCUCGCUGAUCCUCGCUUUUAAAUUCGACUACUUCGCGAUAGAGAACUUCACAAUGCUGGUGAGCGAAGCUUGGCCAGCGAGGCGCUUGCAGCUGCAGCAACUUGAAAUUCAGAUUCUGCUGCUCGUCUUGGGAAUUUCCGGCUACCAAGUGCAGCAAAAGCGUGACCGGCUGCCUCUCAUUUUGGAAACUCCUUCGGCUCUUCGUGGAGAAGAGCCUUUGCUGGAUUAG